GGAGAUUGACAUAGAAAAUCUUUUUAAAUUAAAUUAAAAUUUCCUAAUAUUACGACCCUUUUAUUAUUAUUACAAACAUCUACCAAGAGUAUCCGAAGCUUCCAGGUCGCCGCCGUGCUUCAUCUCCGACCGUCCAAUCCUCUCCGAUCCGAUCCUUAUAACCUGGAGCUGUGCUAAAAUCGUGCGUUUUACACCCCCAGCGCAUAACUCCUCCCUGAAGGCUAUCGUGCGCGCAUUUCUUGCAAAUGCCCUUGAAGAUUUGAGAAAGCGAGAGAAAAGGGGAGAGCGAGAGAGAGAGAGAGAGAGCGCGCGCGAAGGAGGAGCAUGUGAUAUGGGAGAUCUAUACGCAUGGCUGAUCUCCUUCUUCGUCCUCAUAGCUCUCGUAGUCGUUGUCGUUUACCAGCUUAUGUGCUUGGCGGACCUGGAGUUUGACUAUAUAAAUCCUUAUGAUUCGUCAUCUCGGAUCAACAAAGUGAUUUUGCCCGAGUUUAUCAUCCAAGGGGUCCUAUGCGCCUUUUAUCUUGUGACAGGGCAUUGGAUUAUGUCACUGCUUUGUGUUCCAUACCUGUACUACAAUGUGAGGCUGUAUACACGAAACCAGCACCUGGUAGAUGUGACUGAGAUCUUCAACAUGCUCCACUGGGAAAAGAAACAACGGCUUCUCAAACUCGGCUAUAUUAUUCUCCUCCUCUUUCUCUCCAUAUUCUGGAUGAUUUGGAGCGUAUUGGAAGAAAGUGAGUAGUCAUGCACACCUGCUUGCUUCGUAGAGUGUCCUUCCACUCCUCAUGUCUGUUGUACCUGGAAUGCUUUGGGGGGAAGUUCUUGGGUUUGGAAAUUGAUUUCUUUCAUACGACCUUGACAAUGAUUUCUCAUCCCUGAAUUGUAUGGUUAUAAAUAUUGUUAAAAGAAUAAUUUCGAUUUGUAUCCCUACCCCCAUUUUUUAUAAAUAGAAUAUGAAUUUCUCCC